GUCAGACUGUUUAAACAGGCCCGCUCCCAAUAGUCGAGGUUUGUUAGCACAUCUAACUGACAAUAACUCAGUGCUACCUCAACAUGCAAUAUUGACAGGCUGUUACAACUUCAAGUACUUACAUUUUUCUCAGGUAUCGUAACUCAAAUGUGCAACGACAUGUUCAAUUUUUCUUUUGUUCCCUGUGUGGAACAGUUGAAGUUUUGUUGCUGUGAGGGUUUAUCUUAUCUUGUUUUCAUGACUUGAAUCUCAGUGCUCAGCACUCCUUCUCCUUCACAUGCUCUCUGAGUUACACAACUUUACAUAACUUUGUAAGACGUCAUAAAUCCUGUCAUCACACAAACACACUUACUCAUUCUUCUAAUGAGCCGUGGAGUAAUCUUUCAACUUUAAUACCACUUUAAGCCUUGACUGUAGUUUAUCAAGUUCAUAGGUUCACAAUUAAACAACUACGCAUGCGCCAGUGACAUGUGAUCAACCAAACCAUGUUUUUUUCUGAUAGUUUGAGCUGAAGUCCCAUCUUUGCUCCAGCUGCAGAGAGUCAUAGUUUCUGUCCAGCAUGGUGAGGAAGGUGUUGGUGAUCGGUGCAGGGAUUUCUGGUCUGACCAGCAUCAAGGCCUGUCUGGAUGAAGGUCUGGAGCCCACCUGCUUUGAGAGUGGCCAUGACAUGGUGAGAGUCAAUUGAUUCAUUUUUAUAAUAACUUUGAAUUUAAUCUGAAGUUAUUCCAAAACAUUACACAGAGAGGAGCAGAGUCCUGUUCUUUGAAGUAAAGAUAACAAAACCAGGGUUAUAUUCUAGUGGUAUUUAAGCUCAAACAUGCCUGUAAGUUCUGCAGCUCUGUGCAGUUUGCUCUUGUUUUGCAUCUGACUCUGGAGAUGGGCUGUCAGCUUCUUCUCUAUCUGCUGUACAGAGCUGCACCGUGAGUUUACAUCCUGACAGAGCUCAGAUCUGUCUGGCAGGGAUACACAUCUUACCACUUUAUUUGGACAUAGAUUCCCUGGAGAUCUUGUAAAAUGUAGUAGCCCUUUUAUAUGAGACUGCUCUAACAGCUGCACCGUCAGCUUAAUCUGCACAACAAUAGUAUUAUUAGCUGUGCAUUAAUGCUUCAGACAGUCUCAGCUCAAAUGGUGCAAGUUUGUAGUGCCAUCAAAAGCCUGGAGUCUCACUAGAAAGUGCCAAUAUUUUAAUUCAUGCUUCUAUUUUGUGCCAUUUAGUCUUCUGUAGCUCCCUGUUUUUAUGCUGUGAAACUGUAAAGCUCUCAGCCUAACAUUUUACAAGCAGUUUCAAAGUGAAUUCACCUCUGAGAAAUAAACGUACGCUGCGUGAUUUAAACCCACUAUACCUCUGAUCUGAGUAUUAUUAUUGACUAUCAUUCCUCAUCGCCUGUCUGCAGGAGGAACCGGAGCCUGGCCGAGCCAACAUCUAUUUCUCUGUGAUCUUAAACAGCUCCAAAGAGAGGAUGGCCUACAGUGACUUCCCUCCUCCAGCUGAGCUCCCAAACAACAUGCAUCACUCUGAGGUGCUUCUGUAUCUGCGGCUCUAUGCACAGAACUUCAAUCUAUUGCAGCACAUACACUUCAAGGUACAGUCAGUACCUGUAAUAAAAAAGUGUGUUUAGUUUCCACUAUUUUCAUGUUUCUGGUUUGCUCCUCACUUGCCACUCAAAGACUUUUCAGGUAUGUUCAUUUAUAUUUAGUUACCUCCUGUGGAAAGGUAACCUGAGCAUUCAUUUUCUUAUCCCCUGACUUUAUUUCAGGUAUUGAGAGCUUUGAGGGCCAGUACUACCACAGCUGGGAUUACCGCAGUGCCGAAGGUCUGCAUGGAAAGAGAGUGGUGGUGGUGGGGAUCGGGAGCUCUGGAGGUGAUAUUGCCGUGGACAUCAGCAGAGUUGCUGAAAAGGUAAUACAUCAAUGAGGCAUGCAUUUCACUUUUGAUCCAUUCAUGUUUUGGUUUUACUAGAGUGUAUGUGUUGUCUGACAUGCAGGUGUGCCUCUGCAGUCGAAGCGGAGCCUGGGUGGUGAGCAGAGUGGGAGAGGGGGGUCUCCCAGUGGACAUGUUGGGGGUGUCCCGAUUGGAUAUGAUGCUGCAGAGGCUCUUCCCUUCAUGGAGUGCCAGAGUGUUGGAAAACAAAGUGAACAAAGUCUUUGAUCAUAGACUUUAUGGCCUGAAACCGAAGCACGGGUAAUUAAGUCAUGUGACUAGUUGACUAACUCAGAAUCAGAUUUAUCAUUAAUGAGAAGGCUGUAUAUGCAGUCUCAAUCAUCAGUUGUUCUUUUAGCAAUAUAACAUGUUUUCAUUGAAAGAAAACCACACAAAAAUCAGUUUCUCCUUCAGGUUCAGAUUGCUGAAGUAAGUCAGAGUAAAGCCUCUGUACAGCUGUAUAACUACUUACAGUGAAACUGGCAAUACAAUACAAUGUGAUACGAUAAACUGCUAUAAAGCGUGGUGCAAUUUAACUGGAAUCAUUCUCAUGUGACAUAUCACAUCAGUUUUUACUACACUGGAAAGCAUGGUAUUGCAUCACAUUACAUCAUAUUCUAUUGCAGUGCAUCCAAUCAUUUGCUAUCAUAUCGUAACAUAUCAAAUUGCCUUGCAUUGUAUCCUACCACAUCAAACUGCAAAUGUAUCGCAUGCAACGAAUAACAUGUACGUAUCUCAACACAUCAAAUUGAAUUAAAUCAAAUCCUAUUGCAUUGUAUCGCGUCACAUUGUAGUGUACUGUAUUAUGUUGUACAGUAUUGUGGCGAAUCAUAUCAUCUUACAGUGCAGUAUCUGGAACUGCAUCAAGUUGAAUAUAUAUUGUUUUAUCUCUACCUAGUGCAGUGCAAUACUGUUUAAUGCAAAAAGUAUGGUACAAUGAGAUGUAAUAAAAUGUCCAAUAUGAUACAUUUUGCUACAAUGCGCCAGAAAACAAUAUAAUAAAACAAGAUGCAAUAUGAUACAGUAUGAUAUAAUAUAAUACGUGAUACAAUAUACGAUACAAUACGAUACAAUACUCCUUCAUUAAUCCCACAAGGAGAAAUUCCCAAUUUACAAUUCAUUCUUUCCAAGAAACACACAGUAGACAGGCAUAUAAAUUAAUAUAAUUUAAUGAUAUGAAAUGUUUUGAAAGGAUGGGAAACAAUUUGAUAUACAAAUAAGGUACAAUAUGAUAUAUGAUUCAAUACAGUGAGAUAUGGUAAUAUAUGAAAUGAUGCAAAAUGAUAUGUGGCUUUGCAAUACAAGAUAGUAUGACAAAAAAAAAGAUGUGAUAUGACUAUAACAUGACUUUGAUGAUAUGUAAUACAAUAUUUAACAACAUGAGAUGAUUCAAUAUGAUAUGGGGUUCAUUGUUUUACAUGUACAGCUUUUACAUUCUCACACUGAUAUUUCACAUCUCUUUCUGUGUUGCUUGUUUCUAUAUCUGUUGGUGAGGAGAUAAACUUUUAGUCUGAGCUUGGCUAAAAAUUAAAGCCCCCAAAAGUGCAGGUGAAACUGAUGAUCUGGGUCGGAGUUGUUUCAGGAGGGUGUAGUUCUUUUUAUAUGUGGACCAGGAAUAAAAAGAGAGGCAGAUCAUGAAGAAGGAUUUUAAAUGGUGAUGAAAUAUUCUGUAUCCUGAUGUUGUUUAUGUGCAGGAAACAAAGCCAGGUAAACUAUCCUUCACUGAUGCUCUGAUGUUCAUUUUGUAGGAUUUUUGCACAGAAUGCUGUGGUGAGUGACGACCUGCCAGCUCGGAUCAUUUCAGGUCGAGUUCAGGUGAAACCCAACGUGAAGGAGUUCAGGGGGUCUAGGGUGGUGUUCGAGGAUGGUAGCAGCUUAGACAAGGUGUAAAGAUCAUAACCACUGAAACCUGCAGAUUCAUUAUGAAUUGAUUCAGUCAUCAUUUAGUUGUGUGUGUGUGUCUGCAGGUGGAUUUAGUGGUGUUUGCCACAGGGUACAACUACGGCUUCCCCUUUCUGCCUCCAGAGCUGCAGACUAAAUGUGGUUACAGGCUGCGUCUCUACAAACACGUCUUCCCUCCCUCUUUGACCCCACCCACACUAGCUGUGGUUGGCUUCGUCCACGGACUCGGAGCACUCACACCGAUGGCUGAAAUGCAAGCUCGCUGGGCUACAAGAGUGUUUAAAGGUCGGUUUACGUUUUAGUUUGUACUAACUCGUUCUGCAUUUGCUAACUUAAUAUUUUCACAUACAGUUAGAUGUCUUUGAUUGUAUUUCUUCAUGCAUUUGGUGUUCACAUUUAAGUGUUUGACCUCAGUGUGAUGACUUUCAGACUGAUUCUUUUGCAUUUUCAAGGUUUAAUACAUUUACCCUCAGAGGAAACCAUGCUGCAGGACAUUGAGAGGGACAUGGCAACCAUGCAUCAAAAGUAAGACAUGCAGUAUCUCACAGCUAACAAUACUGAGGUGUAGAAUCAGAAUCAGAAUAUUAUACACAAAGGACACAUGAUACGAAUUAUUCCAUACUGAUAAGACUACCAACAUAGUUUUAAACAUACAUCGAUUUUAAAGCUCCAGUGUAGACCUUUCAAUUUGUGUCAGUUGACUAAACUAUGAUUCAGUCUGUUGCAACAUUGUAUAGAUAAGCCUUAAGAAUAGCCCAAUCGAUGGCGUCACAAACUUAAGCUGUAUCAUUUGCCUAGAUUUGAUGGGUUUUUUUAAGUUCAUUUACCUGUUAAGUUCGAAAUGCUUGCAAAACUAACUCAAGAUCAACAGAUUUUCAACAAAAACAAAAUCAGAGAUUUAAGGAAUUUUGCCAACUUUACAGCGUUCUCUAACAUGCGUAUCCAUUUAUCUGUUUUUGUAUUUUUCUUGCAAAAGUCUGUGCCCCAAAUUGACCACCACAUUCACAAAUGUCUGGUUCUGCCCGUGCUGCCCGUUGAUCACUGCUGCUCCCUCGCUUACUUCCAUUCACUGAUGGCAACUUCUGGAUGAAAAUAUGAGCAUGGAUCUUGUUUCAAUAAUGGAUAUUGAAUCAUUAAAAAAAAAAAAAAAUUUACAAAUUUGGUCAUCUUAGUUUAACUCAUGACCUUGAAUUGCCUUUGGAUCUGAGAGUGUGUGUGUAUGACUAUCUCUGUAUGUCAGCCUUGACAAAGACCAGCUACCUGUCCUACCUGGCUUCAACUGGCUUAAAACCUCAUGAGACCUUAAGUACAGACAGUGAAUGAAAGAACUACUCAAUAAUCUUCUCCUCAGUUCUUCACAUUUAAACUAUCCUGUAUGUCUCUUUCCACUCCUCUUUCUCUUAGAUACGCCUGCUCUGAACAUACCCCCAUCCAGGUGGACUACAUCCCUUACCUGGACUCUCUCGCAGACCUGGUGGGGGUUCGGCCAAAUAUCCCUCGGCUCUUCCUGAAGGACCCCAGACUGGCGAUGGAGAUUUUGCUGGGUCCCUGUACAUCAUAUCAGUACCGUCUAAGCGGACCAGGUCAGUGGGCUGGAGCACGCCAAGCCAUCCUGACUCAGUGGGAGCGUGUGCUUCAGCCUUUCAGGAGCAGAGUUUUACCAGAACCAGAACACAAACCCUCCUCAGGUCUUAGUAUUAUGAUGGUUUUCUCAGGUGAAGCUCUGCUGUGCUGCUUCUUCAUCAAUAAACAAACUCUCUCCUCCUUCUUCCCCCUCAAACUGUCACAUUAA